UAAUUUGAAAAUUUAAAUUUAACUUUAUAAACUUUUCUCGCAAGAAAUGGUGGUCCGAGAAGCCGCCAUGAAGGAUCCUUAGAUCGAAUCCCACCAUCCCUUAAAUCCGGUUCACCCUCCUCAAUUCCCUAGUUCUUUCUUCGAUUCGUUUUGAGAUCUCUUCUUUUCUCCAAAGUUUUUUUCAAAUUCCAGCUAAAAACCCAGCUUUUGAUAAUAUUCAUCACGAAUUCCUUUUUCUCUAGCUCUCUUCUCCCUCCUCAAUUUCCCAGUUCUCUCUUCGAUAUCUUUUGAUAUUUCUUCUUUUCUCCAAAUUUCUGCUCAAAUCCCACCUAAAAACCUAGCUUUUGAUCCAAGUCAUUAUAAUAUUCAUUUUUCUCGAGCUCGGUUGAGCUGCUGGAGGUGUUGGUGAAGGAAUUUUGGCGUUUUUUUUCUGCGAAUUAUGCUAGGAAAACUUCGAAUCUGAGUUUCUCUUCUUCUUGGCGGUCGAUCUUUCGAUCGAUGCCAUAUAGUUGGGGUUUUUUGGUCGUUUGAUGGGCAACACAUGCCGGGGAUCUUUUGGAAUCAAGUAUCCCUACAGCUUCGGCAAGUCGUCGGACCGAUCGGCGGCCUCUAAGCGGAAUCCCUCCUCCUCCAACGGCUCUCACUCCUGCUCCAGCUACGAGACACCCAAGAAUCCCGACCGUGAGGCCGCCGUGAGCCCCAGAGAGGCCCAUUCCCCCGCCGCCGCCGCCGCCGUCAUGAGGCGCGGCGUCGACCCCAACUCCAACUACGUCCUCGGCCACAAGACCCCCAAUCUCCGGGACAUCUACACCCUCGGCCGCAAGCUCGGGCAGGGCCAGUUCGGCAUCACGUACCUCUGCACCGAGAUCUCCACGGGGAUCGAGUACGCCUGCAAGUCGAUUUCCAAGCGGAAAUUGAUCUCCAAAGAGGACGUCGAGGAUGUCAGGAGGGAGAUCCAGAUCAUGCACCAUCUCGCGGGCUACAAGAACGUGGUCACGAUCAAGGGGGCGUACGAGGAUUCGCUCUCCGUGCACAUCGUGAUGGAGCUGUGCGCCGGCGGGGAGCUCUUCGACCGGAUCAUCGAGAAGGGGCAUUUCAGCGAACGCAAGGCGGCCGAGCUCACGAGGAUCAUCGUCGGGGUUGUGGAGGCGUGCCACUCCCUUGGAGUCAUGCACCGGGACCUCAAGCCGGAAAAUUUCUUGCUUGUUAAUAAGGAUGACGUUACCUCGCUCAAAGCCAUCGAUUUUGGCCUCUCAGUGUUCUUCAAGCCAGGUCAGGUCUUUGCUGAUGUGGUUGGAAGCCCGUACUAUGUUGCCCCUGAGGUACUCCUGAAGCAUUAUGGACCAGAGGCUGAUGUCUGGACAGCUGGUGUUAUACUUUACAUAUUGUUGAGUGGUGUACCACCUUUUUGGGCGGGUAUGACUUUUAUGUACACUUGUUCACACUGCUUCAUGAUUCACGGCAAUUUGGCAAUCACUAAAUUUGAAAUUUCACUUUUUGCAGAAACACAGCAAGGAAUAUUUGAUGCAAUUCUGAAGGGAGUAAUAGAUUUUGCCUCAGAUCCAUGGCCAUUAAUAUCUGAUAGUGCCAAGGAUCUUAUCAGAAAAAUGCUCUGUUCUAGUCCUUCAGAACGCUUGACAGCGCAUGCAGUACUAUGUCAUCCCUGGAUAUGUGAAAAUGGAGUUGCUCCUGACAGAGCUCUUGAUCCUGCAGUCCUUUCUCGCCUCAAACAAUUUUCUGCAAUGAAUAAAUUAAAGAAGAUGGCUUUACUAGUAAUAGCUGAAAGCCUUUCAGAGGAGGAGAUUGCUGGAUUGAGAGAAAUGUUCAAGGCAAUGGACACGGACAAUAGUGGUGCUAUUACAUAUGAUGAGCUGAAAGCAGGUCUGAGAAGAUAUGGUUCUACUUUGAAGGAUACAGAGAUUCGUGAUCUUAUGGAAGCAGCUGAUGUGGACAACAGUGGUACCAUAGACUAUGGGGAAUUCAUUGCUGCAACAUUGCAUCUCAACAAGUUAGAGCGUGAAGAACAUUUGGUGGCAGCUUUUUCGUAUUUUGAUAAGGAUGGAAGUGGUUAUAUUACAGUUGAUGAGCUUCAGCAAGCUUGUAAAGAGCAUAACAUGACUGAUGUUUUUGUUGAAGACGUUAUCAAGGAAGUUGACCAGGAUAAUGAUGGUCGUAUUGACUAUGGCGAGUUUGUUGCUGUGAUGCAAAAGGGCAACAUGGGAGUUGGAAGACGGACAAUGCGGAACAGUUUGAAUAUUAGCAUGAGGGAUGUGUCAGGGGCUUGCUGAACUUUUAUUUAUGUACAGCUUCUCUUCGACGAGCUGAUUGUUUCCAGUGUUCCUUUCCUUCCCUUUUUGUAUCUGGGCUGUGAAAUGAAUAUGGAAAAAUAGUGGUGUUUGCCUUGUUUGGUAUGAAUUUUUUUGACAGAAACAUGGAAAUUGAUGUAGGAAACAUCUUUGGUGUGCAUCUUUGUGAUUUCUUCUUUUAAUUAACUUCUAUUAUUUCUGAAAA